AUGAAUUCCAACAUCGAGGACUAUCUACUAGCAUUUUCAGAGGGCUGCUACGAGCUGAUUGCCCUCACGGAAACUUGGCUGGAUGAUCGCACCCAAUCAUCGCAUUUAUUCGGCUCGGAGUAUGAAGGCUUCCGCUGCGACCGUGGCCCCAUUAACAGCCCAAAAAGGACCGGCGGAGGUGUGCUUAUUGCUGUUCAUCGUCGCUUAAAAGCUAACGUGAUCCAUGAGAACUCGUGGAAUAUUCUUGAGCAGGUAUGGGUGUCCGUCCAACUAUCUGGUCGGAAAUUAUUCAUUUGUGCCGUUUAUUUUCCGCCGGAUCGAACACGCGACAAGCAAUUGAUCGAUUUGCAUAUCCAGUCGUUGUUAACGAUAGUCUCCAGAGCCAAACCGUGCGACGAAAUAAUUGUUAUCGGGGACUUUAAUUUACCUAGUCUGUUUUGGCGCCCCUUUCGGGACGGAUUUCUUUAUCCCGACCCGAAUCAGUCAACAUUGCAUGUCUGCGCUCUGGAUCUUUUGGAUGGCUAUAGCGCCGCGGGACUGCAGCAAAUCAACUGUAAUGCAAACGAGAAUGGGCGUUGUCUAGAUCUUUGCUUCGUCAGCAUUAAUGAUACGGCACCGCUGCUAACUCUCGCACCUGAUCCUCUCGUAAAAAACGUUGCUCACCACCCGACACUUGUUUUGUCGCUUGACGAUCGAUUUAAAAUCAAGUAUCGGGAGCCUCCUACUCGGUUAAAUUUUAAUUUUCGGCGUGCCGACUUCGACGGUUUGUUGAACGCGCUGCUAACAGUUGAUUGGAUUGGCAAUCUAAAUCCAACGGAUAUCGAUUCGGCUGUUAACGAUUUUUCUUCCGUUUUAAACGGCCUAAUAGAUGCGUUUGUGCCAAAAACACGAAACCGAUCGCAUAAAUAUUGUCCCUGGCAAUCAGCGGAAUUGCGUCGCUUAAAAACGUUGAAAAAAUCCGCGUUAAGGAGGUUCUCAGCGACUGGCGCUCUAUUUCUUCGCGAUCGUUACCGACAGCUGAACUACGAGUACAAAAGACUUCGUCGACGGUGCUACUCGAACUACAGACGUCAUAUAGAAGGCAAACUGAGAGCAGAUCCGAAGAAAUUCUGGAACUUUGUCAACGAACAACGAAAGGAGUCAGGCUUACCAUCAACGAUGGAAUUGGUUGGUGAGAAAGCAAGUAAUGUUGCCGCUAUUUGCCGAAUGUUCGCUGUUAAAUUUUCAAGCGUAUUCAGCAACGAAACACCAACAGAUGGUGAAAUUUCUGAUGCUGCUAAUAACGUCCCUUUCCCUGGGCACUCCAUGGCUUCGAUCAACAUCGACGAUAAUGCAAUUCUUGCCGCUGCUAGAAAAUUGAAACACACGUACUCUCCGGGCCCGGAUGGAAUCCCAGCUACACUGCUAGAAAAAUUCAUUGCUGGAUUGCUCACACCGCUUACCCACUUAUUUCGUUUGUCGCUCGCUACUGGUAGAUUUCCUACAACCUGGAAACAGGCCUUCCUAUUUCCGGUCCAUAAAAAAGGCGAUCGCUCGAAGAUAGAUAACUAUCGAGGCAUCUCUGCUUUGUGUGCAAUUUCGAAGCUAUUUGAGCUAGUCGUCCUUCAACCAAUUUUCUCACAUUGUCAAAGCACUAUUUCGGACGAUCAACACGGAUUCCUUCCCAAGCGCUCCUGUGCUACAAACCUGCUUUGCUUGACUAACUACGCGUUCGACAGCUUUGUUCACCGACAUCAAACCGACGUUAUCUACACGGACCUCUCGGCUGCCUUCGACAAAGUAAACCAUCAAAUCACCGUCGCCAAACUUGAUCGAUACGGGUUCAGCGGCAACUUGCUUGGCUGGUUAGAAUCCUAUUUGCUGGGACGAACUCUCAGAGUGAAAAUCGGCGACGAAAUUUCCGAACCAUUUGUCGCUACUUCCGGAAUUGCCCAAGGUAGUCAUCUUGGCCCAUUGGUGUUCCUGUUGUAUUUUAAUGAUGUACAUCACUUGUUAAAAUGUCCUCGUCUUGCGUUCGCUGACGAUUUGAAGCUGUUCAACGAAAUCAAAAACGUGGAAGACGCUACUUAUCUCCAACAACAACUCAACAUAUUUGCACGUUGGUGCAAGUUAAACUGCAUGGUACUCAACCCUACAAAAUGCUCAAUAAUAACGUUUACUAGAAAACACCGUCCGCUACACUUCGACUACAAGUUAGAUGGGUCUUCAAUACAGCGAGUCGAUCACGUCAAGGAUCUUGGAGUCUUCCUCGAUACCAAACUGACAUUUAAGCAACAUAUAUCGUUUAUUGUUGCUAAAGCCGCUAGACAACUGGGACUGAUUUGCCGCAUGACGCGGGAUUUCAGAAACAUACAAUGUAUAACAACACUCUAUUGCUCGCUUGUUCGGUCCUCAUUGGAGUUCUGCUCUACUGUCUGGAUUCCUCACUACAAUAAUGCAAUCCACCGCAUUGAAAGCAUCCAGCGCCGUUUCGUACGCUAUGCUCUCAGAAUGCUUCCCUGGCGGCAACCCAUGCGUAACACCCGAUACGAGGAUCGCUGCCAGCUUCUCCAGCUCGAUACUCUUCAGCUUCGCCGAGAAACAGCUCGCGCCAUGGUAGUUUCAGAUGUUUUGACUUCACGGAUUGACUGCCCGACCAUUCUUCGCCUGAUCAACCUAAACGCGCCAUCCAGAACCCUGCGGAGGUCUUAUGCGCUGCAACUGCCUUUUCGUCGUACCAACUACAGCGCAAACAGUGCCAUCAUUGGUAUUCAACGAGCCUUCAACCGGGUGUCAUCUGCUUUCGACUUUCACUUAUCGCAUCAAGUUCUACGUACAAAAUUUAUAUCUCUGUUUCGUAAUGUUUUAUAUAUUAAUAACCAUUAG